AUGAGGCUUCAGCUGCCCGAAUCCAUCUCCGACCUCUCAUCGCUUCUAGACUUCGAAAUUUCCGACUGCCACGACCUUUCACCGCUGCCCGAGAGUUUUGGAAACCUGCCGGCGCUUGAAACCCUACGUUUGGAGAACGUGGGGGGGAUUACCGACCUGCCCGCCAGUCUCGGGCAGCUGCAGCGGCUGCGGAUUCUUUCCGUAAUCUACUGCCGCAAUAUGGUCUCCUUCCCUAUUUUCCUUUCCCAAUUGACUUCUCUAACGGACCUUAUCCUCGCCGACCUAAAACUCCAACAUCUGCCUCACGACGUCGCUCUCCUCCCACGCCUACGCACGCUCAAGCUAGACGUUGGCAUGGCCGUGCAGCUGCAUCCCUCCGUAUACCUUGCCACCGCACUCAAAGAGCUCACGAUUGAAAAUUCUAAAACGCCACAUUCUCUGCCCGAGGAAUUCGGGCAGCUGACUGCCCUGGAGGCCCUGCACCUGGUUGAGCUUUCCGAGCUCACCAGCCUGCCCGCAUCGCUUGGCGACCUGACGAGCCUCAAGGAGCUGAAAAUAGCCGAGUGCAGCCAGCUGGCGCAGCUUCCAGACUCCCUGACUCGGCUUUCUUCCCUCGAGCUGCUGGACAUCAGUCACUGCUGCAAGCUGACAGCGCUACCGCAGGGCAUGGGGGAUGGUCUGCAUAGCCUGCGCCGACUGAUUCUCGAAUGCACGGCUCUCACCCACCUCCCUCCCUCCUUCUCCAACCUCUCCUCCCUCGAAACCCUAAGCAUCUGUGAUGCACCCCGCUUACGAGGUGCGCUACCAGGCGGAUUCUCCCACUUGACAAGCCUCAAGGAGCUCACUCUCUCCUCCCUGCCGCACCUGCGUGCCCUGCUUGCCUCCCUCGCUGCCAUCGGCCGUUCUCUCACCAGCCUCGAGCUGCUCGGCGGCAUGCACAUCACGGCGCUGCCAGAGGAGAUCGGACGGCUGGAAGCGCUCGAGAAGCUCAAGCUCUCAAAACUAUCUUCCUUGAAGUCGCUCCCGCGCUCGCUGUGUCAGCUGCAGCGGUUGAAAUCUCUGGAAGUGGAAUCCUGCGGCGCCAUGGAGUCGUUGUUUGGGGAUGCACACACGGGGGAUGCACACACGGGGGAUGCACACACGGGGGAUGCACACACGGGGGAUGCACACACGGGGGAUGCACACACGGGGGAUGCACACACGGGAGAUGCACACACGGGGGAUACACACACGGGAGCUGCCGGGCAUGACCUUGCGAGGAGAAUCACCCGCCUCGAGUUAGCCGGUCACACGGGUAGCAGCAGUGCCGCUGGCAGCUGUGGGGGAUCCGAGGAGAGUGACACGGGUGUGUUGCUUCCUUCUCUUGAGAGCCUUGAGCUUGUGGCCCUUCCACUGCAGCAGCUCAGUCCAUUGCUGGGCUGCUUCUCGUCGCUAACGAGCCUGCGAAUCUUCCAAAUGGAUCGGCUCCGCUCACUGCCAGACUCCAUCACUCGCCUCUCUCGCUUGCAGUCUCUCAGGAUCUUUACAGCGUAUCAGGACGAGGGAGGGUAUGAGGGCGAAGAGGAUGACUCUGACGAUGAGGAUGACUCGGGGGAGGAGGAGGAGGAGGAGGAGGAGGAGGAGGAGGAGGAGGAGGAGGAGGAGGAGGAGGAGGAGGAGGGGGUGAUUGGAGGGGAGGGGAUACACCUUCCCCUCUCAUUCUCCCUCAUAUUCCCCCUCUCCCUCUUAUUCCCCCUCUCCCUCCUGUCCCCCUUCCCCCUGCCAUUUCUCCUCCCCCCACCCCUCUCCCCCCCCCUCUCCCCCUCCGCAUACCGUUAUGAGGUGGCUGGUCAAGGCACAUGGCUGUAUGGGUUCACGUUUGAUUCUAGUUUUUUCAGAACUCUCAUGUUCACCCACCAUGCCCCCAUCCCCUCCGUGAUCCGCCGUGCAUGCAUGCCUGCAGUGUCUGGUGGAGUGGAGGUGUAUGGCUGCAACGGUGGAGCUGGAGGGCAUCAAGGCCAUGUGGUCGCUGCGGCGCGGCACGUGGGACUUGCACGACACGACACGUUGCUGGUGGUGACGUUUGUGAGCGAGAUGAGACGCGGUGGGUCGCUGGACAUCAACGAUGACGACGAGCUCCACGAGACCCACGUGCUCGCCUUCCAUCAGCACGCCGAGCCCACGCGCUCAUCCUCUUCUGUUCUUGGGAACGUGCUGCACGGCCAGAUCGUGCAGGUGACGUCAUUGGAGCUGCGGCUGGUGAAUGCACACACGCUGCAGCAGGUGACCGAGUGGCGGGCGCCGGCAGGCGCAUCCAUCAACGUCGCCACCGCUAAGGGGAUGCUUGUUUGCUCUCUCAGUCGACUCAAAAGGCAUUUCGACCUUGAAGGGGGCUCUCACUUCAUCAUGGCGCUUUCCACCUCGAUCAUGUUUCUCUUCUCCAAGAAGCAUCGCCACUUAGUGCCAAUCCCCGCGCCGCGUCCCGCAUCAUCCUCCACAAACCUCGCUGUGGGUGGCGGCGCAACGAAGCGGUCAUUCUGUAUGCGGAGAGGAGCGCGUCACGGCUCCCCCGCAGCCGCACAACCCGCUGUUCGGACCGCCGCACCUGAAGCGCUCACCAUCUUAGCGCGCACUUUCGAGUAUCGCCUGGCUAGAGGGUCGAGCAUUGGUCUCCGCGCGACCAGCAAGCUCGAAGCGCGGUGGCGGAGAUGGCACGGAGGGGAUGCGGGUGCUGCAGCGGCGGCGCUGACGAUGCGUUGUGGUGGGCGGUGGGACAGUCCCGCACAGCCGCAGGGAGUGCGCGGGGACGUGGCGUAUGGGGGGUCCGCGAUGGCGCAUGUGAUGCGCCCGUGGUCACCAUGUUGCGUGCCAUUCCUGCCUGCUGCCCGCCUCCAGCAUCCCGUGUCCGCGCCUGACGCUGUGGGUGGUGGCGACGAUAGCAGCCUUGGCGCCUGCAGCAGCAACGUCAGCAGCAGCAGCAGCAGUGGUAGUGAGGCAGAGGCGUCUGAUCCACGGCUGGAAGGCGUGCAGGGAGAGAAGCGGGGUGGUGGUGCGAGUGGGGGAGUAGAGCAGCGCGCAGCAGGGCGGGUGACGGGCGGGCAGGCUGCAAGGCAUGAUGGUGAUGAUGCUCGGAUUCAUGCUGUGGAGGCUGGGGGCGCGAAGGCGGAGGAGGGGGGGGAGAAGGGGGAGGAGGAGGGGGAGGAGGAGGGGGAUGAGGAGGGGGAGGAGGAGGGGGAUGAGGAGGGGGAGGAGGAGGGGGAUGAGGAGGGGGAGGAGGAGAGUGAGGAGGGGGGGGGGGGGAGGAGGAGGGAGAGGAAGAGGCAACGGUGA